AACUUAUCAAUAUUUUUCCACUUGUUUUUUUAUUGAAUGUCACAAGGGUUCAGCUUCUCGGUUUUUGUCUGCUGUAUACGCGUCUUCUUCGAAUAUACCAGUACUACUUUGUAUUGCCCCGUUUACUGGUCUAAUUCAGUUGGCAUCAACGCGAAAUAUACACUUUUGAAUCCCCAAUCUUUUAUUAAUUUUUUACUCAUUCUUCUCUCUGAUCAUAUUCUUCUUGUUCGAGUUGUGGGCCUGGUCAACUGGGUUUACGAGUGCACGAUUGGGACUCUUAACUUCUUUUCUGGUUCAACUUGGUCUGUGAUUGAUCUCUUUUUUUGGUGACAAAAAAAAUUUGUGGGUUCUGCCAUAGUAUUGAUGAAAAAUGGUUGAGUUUUGGAAGUGCCGUAAGCAUCAUGCUCUCGUGCUGAUGCUGGUAAUGUUUUUGCUGUGUCAAAAUUUUAGCUUUUGUUGGUCUCUCAAUGAUGAAGGUACAAUCGGAGCUUUUUCUCUUCUUAUUCAAGCUUUCAGUAGAAAUACUUUGUUGGGUUUUUCUUCAAAGUUCUGCCCUUACUUCUCGGGAUAUUUUUAUUGAGAGCAAGUUUUUUCCCCUUUUGUGGUAUUUAUGUGCUGCAGGUUUGGCUUUGCUGAGAUUUAGAGAAAGAGUGGUUAGUGAUCCUUUUGGGGCUUUGACUAAUUGGAACGAUGAUGUCGGAGUGGUGAAUCCAUGUUCUUGGCAUGGAAUUGAAUGCUCUGAUGGAAAUGUUGUGUCACUGAACUUGAAAGAUCUUUGUCUUGAAGGUACUAUAGCUCCUGAUCUCGGGAACCUAAUUCACAUAAAGUCUAUAAUUUUACGCAAUAACUCCUUUUUCGGUAUCAUACCUGGAGAUAUUGCAAAGCUGAAAGAACUGGAAGUUUUGGAUUUGGGAUAUAAUAAUUUCAGUGGACCACUUCCAUCUGAUCUUGGCAACAAUCUGUCUCUAGCAAUCCUUUUGCUGGACAACAACGAACUUGUCGGCUGCUUAUCUCCUGAAAUUUAUGAGCUUAGAACACUGUCUGAAGUUCAAGUUGAUGAAAACCAGCUAAAUAAUGCUAGGAAGACCUCAUCUUGGAAAGGAGAAGUGUUGUCCCACUACUUUUGUUUUUGUAGGAACAUUCCUGAGUUUAAAGAUGUAACCCAGCGGAAAUUGCUUAAUACAUUUCCUGGCCGGCCUGAAAAUUUACGAGUAUUUGCCCAGCCACCCCCCAAAGAUUUACCAUCAGAGAUACCAGGAUCGCCCUCUCCAUCACCAUCACCAUCACCAUCACCAUCACCAUCACCAUCACCAUCAUUUUCUUCCCCAUCUCCUGCACCAACAUUUUCCUCUGCAGGCCCUUCCCCUUCCCCUGUGGCUUCUGCUUCUCAGCCUUCAGUUCCUACCUUAGCGAAGAGCCCCAUUGCCCCAGUCAAAAAAUCCCGAUCAAGUCACCAUCAUGUCUUGAUAUUGUCUUCAACUAUAGGAGGUUCUCUGCUGCUUUUGCUUUUGGUCACUGGCAUAUUUAUCUGUCGAAGCAGUAAGGUUGCAGUUGUCAAGCCUUGGGCAACAGGAUUGAGUGGACAGCUGCAGAAAGCAUUCGUAACUGGUGUGCCAAAGCUCAAGAGAUCAGAGCUUGAAACUGCUUGUGAAGAUUUCAGCAAUGUGAUAGGAUCGUCAUCAGCUGGUACUUUGUACAAGGGUACCUUGUCCAGUGGGGUUGAAAUUGCUGUAAUAUCCAUUUCGGUGAUAUCUGCCAAGGAUUGGUCAAAAAAUAUGGAAGUGCAGUUCAGGAAGAAGAUUGAGACAUUAUCAAAAGUGAAUCACAAAAAUUUUGUCAAUCUCCUUGGAUACUGUGAGGAAGAAGAGCCUUUCACGAGGAUGAUGGUAUUUGAGUACGCUCCUAAUGGCACACUCUUUGAGCAUCUACACAUAAAAGAAGCUGAACACCUGGAUUGGACAAUGAGAAUGAGAAUUGUGAUGGGCAUGGCAUACUGCCUUCAGCACAUGCACCAAUUGACGCCACCAGUAUACCACAAGAACCUAAAUUCGUCGGCAGUAUAUGUGACUGAAGAUUAUGCAGCCAAAAUAUCAGAUUUUGGCUUUUGGAAUGAAGUGGCUGCAGCUGAGAUGGAGUCAAAUCCAGAGAGCAACAUCUACAGCUUUGGUGUUUUACUCUUUGAGAUUGUAACAGGGCGGCUUCCUUAUUCAGUGGACAGAAGCACUCAUGGAGAUUGGGCAUCUGACUAUCUGGGAGGAGAACAACCCCUCAGGAAUAUGGUAGAUCCCACUUUAAGUUCUUUUCAAGAAGAGCAGCUUGAAAGAAUUUGCACAAUUAUGAAAUCAUGUGUUAAUCCUGACCCCAGACGAAGACCAGAAAUGAGAGAAGUAGCAGCAAUAUUACGUGAGGUAACAGGGAUUGGGCCUGAUGCAGCAAUUCCAAAAUUGUCACCGCUUUGGUGGGCAGAACUUGAGAUUCUUUCUACGGAGGCUAAUUAGUUCUUGAAAUCAUAUUCUUCUAUGAACCAUUGUCUCCGAUCAGGACCUUGCUGCAGGUAGAUGCUGCUUGUAACUAAUGUAGGGAUAUGGUAGUUGUAUAUAAGUGAAAUGCUAGAGGCCAUUUUUUUGUUUUUUUGUCAACAAUUGUAGGGAUAUGGUAGUUGUAACCAUUGUUUUUUUGUCAAAAUGGAAGGCCAGUGUUCAAUCAU